AUGUUCUACUCACCAUCUGUACCGAUGGACCCGGCUCACCUGGCACAGUUCCUGCCUUCACCCCCGCCUCUCAGGACGCAGAGUCCACCCUCUAUGGACGUCGCCAGCUCGCCUCCACCUUGCAAGCCAGGCCGCACUCCCACUCGUGACAGCACCUAUGAUUGGGAGGAGGACGAGACUCUCCCUCGCCUGCGGUACGACGACCCCCCGCGUACCCCUACGCCUAUCCCGCCAUCACUCCCUCCUGCUCUCACCCCACCGGUCCAGGCUCCCAAGUACACACCGCCAUACCAAACAGUUCACGCUCCGACUCCUCACCCGACUCCCAAUGGUGUCCUUGACUUGCUCAAGUCGGACUGUCGGGCUUCCCAAGGAAUUACACACACGCCCCAGCCUUCGGUUCCCCCACCCCUUCCGCCCCGAUCCCCGCAGCGCCCCUCGCCGUCCCCGGUCCAACCGCCGCCAUCGGGACUGGCCCCCCGCACCACGCCCUCGAUUACGCGUGACGGUCGGCCUUGCGAAUGUACCUGCCACCGCCCAAUCCACGAAACCAUUCACAAGCAUUACCCAUAUCACGCGGAAGAGUACCGCGCGUACCAACAACGGGUCAACGCGCGAGACUGCCAGCACGAUCACGGCCACCAGCACGUCGAGACUUUUCAUGACCGCGAGCACUGUCCCGAUCCCUACUGCUACAACUGCCAUGCGCCAUCCCAAGUUGUCGAGUCUCCCACAGAGCAGCAACACAUCCACUACAACUACCCCCACCACGAGCCUCGUGACAGCGUCGCACAGAGCUUGGACUCGGUCUAUUCAUCACAACACAGCAGCAGUCUCGAUUCCUACAUUUCCUCUGACGGAGGCUACUUUGACGUCUUCAACGGCUAUCGCAUCGACGCUAUCCGCGGGUUUGACGGACACACGGCGUCCGUGGUCGAGUUUGAGGACCAGCUCCUGUCUGCGUGGGAUGCGCUGCAGCGCAUCCAGGUAUCGGGUGACCAGGACGUUGGGCUUAUGUGGUCCCGAACGAGCAAUGGCGGUCAAGUGGCCGAAGUCCCUAGUGCCACCGCUCCCGAGGAGAUGCAGCGCCUCGCAGCCCACCUCUUUCUCCACCAACCCCGCAUGAGCCUGGACGGGACCGAGGUGCUUGCCAGCCCCUAUGACCGGCUUGCAGAGGCCAAGCGAACCAACCCCAUCCCCGAGCUUUCGUUUACAGCUCCCCUCACCAACGAGGACAUUGGGCCGAUGGGCGAGACGCCUCCUUCCCUCGGCGACCGUACCGGCUCACCAGUGCCACGCACGAGCUCACCCUUGGGCCAUUCCGGGUCUCCGAAACCUGAAAUUGUCCGCGACAGCUCGCCAGCGCCGUUUGCGCUCUCUAUUGGGUUGCAUGGGCCGAAUGGGUCUGUUGUAGCUGUGCUUGUUCCUCAGAAUACCGAAUGA